CUCCCGGAAGUGCCCAAUCCCGUCAUUCCCUGCGCACCGCUGCUGGUCGUCAAGGAAACGAAGGCAGCCAAUCCACGCAGCGAUUCACGCGCUGUGGACUCGCUGCAUCCCAGGUCACGGGGUGUACUCAGGAGGACUCCUGGGCGGCGACAGCGAUGCUGAAGGCCAAGAUCCUCUUCGUGGGUCCCUGCGAGAGUGGAAAAACUGUUCUGGCCAACUUCCUGACGGAAUCUUCCAACAUCACCGAAUACAACCCAACCCAAGGAGUGAGGAUCCUGGAAUUUGAGAACCCAAAUGUCACCAGCAAUGACAAGGGCACAGGGUGUGAGUUUGAGCUCUGGGACUGUGGCGGCAAUGCUAAAUUUGAGUCCUGUUGGCCGGCCCUGAUGAAGGACGCCCAUGGAGUGGUGAUUGUCUUCAAUGCCGACAUCCCAAGCCACCUGAAGGAAAUCGAAACGUGGUAUUCCUGUUUUGUCCAGCAGCAGUUCUUACAGGAUUCCCAGUGCCUGCUGAUUGCACAUCACAAACCAGGCUCUGGAGGUGACAUGGGGAGCCUGUCUUUGUCACCACCAUUGAACAAGCUGAAGCUGGUGCACUCGAAUCUUGAGGAUGAGCCUGAAGAGAUCCGGAUGGAAUUCAUGAAAUAUUUGAAAAAUAUCAUCAGUUCCAUGUCUGAGAGCAGAGACAGGGAGGAGAUGUCAAUCAUCACCUAACAGCCUUCCCGGGGAUGUCCACCUCUCCAUGCACUCAGCUGCUUCCCAGCACAGAACUGAAAUUGCAUCCAACUACUCAUGUUCUCCUCCCAGUGUGGCAACAGAAGAAAUUGUCCUUUUCUCCUGGAAGGUAGCAGUCGGCCAGGAGUUGACUUAUACUAUCCUUAGUUCAAGUGGGAAAAUCCUUUCACUGGGUUCUGAUUCCCUGGGCCCAGGCCUUCCCAAAGAUCUGGAAAAUUGAGGGAUCCCCUCCCUUUCACAUAUGUCAAAUUAUUAAAAUUGUGGAAUUGUAGCUCUCAUAGCCCAAAGAUAGAACAGCAGUUUAAUCCAAGUGUAUUGGUUUGGAUAUGAUUUUUAUUCCUUGAUUCAGUCAACAAAUUCCAACUACUAUGAGCAUCUACUAUGAUGUGUGAGGCACUAUGCUAGCUGUGGACUGUAUACAACUUGGUGAAACCAACAAAACCUUUGCCCCCAUAGAGCCUCCAUUCUGUUUUUCUAAAUAAUAGUGAGGUAGAGCCAGAAACUUGAGUAAUGUACUAUGUUUUAGUUAGGUUAAAAAAAAGAAAGAAAAAAAAAAGAAACAGCUAAGCAGCAGUUGGCUCAUGCCUGUAAUCCCCACACUCUGAGAGACUGAGGCAGGAGGAUUGCAAGUUUGAGCCCAGCCUGAGCAACUUAGCAAGACCCUGACUUAAAAAAUAAAAAAAGGCUGGUGAUGUAGCUCAGUGUAAAGCCCCUGUGUUCAAUUCCCAGUUUGACAACAACAACAAAGUAGUCCUCAUUUUCUGUAACUGGUGUAAAUCGCACAUGCUCCCAUCCCCCACAUCUUGAAGGGACCUGAGAUCCUCACAUAUUUUGUAUUUGAGGAUUGGCCUGCUUGUUAAAAUGUAUUGGUCUUCGCCAGAUCCGUACUUGUGAUGCUUUGUCAGUUGUUUGUAGAUACACACAGAGUGGCCUAAAAUUUCAAUCCCCACAACCCCUGUGUUCCCAGCUGAUGCCAGUACAGGGUUGCUCUGCUCUCUCGUUUCAGCUGUCACAAAGCAGUGGUCUACUUCUCAUGUCUACUUUGUGCCACGUUUCUCAGCAUUUUGUUAGUGAUUUUACUGUGAAGUGGCCCCAAGCAUCAGGCCAAGGUGCUGGCUAACCGACCUGAGUACCAGAGGGCUGUGCACAGGGCUCCUCGGGGACAGAAUAUUCAGUCAGAUCAGCUUCACCCGAGCAGGAGUUACCGUGCUGCUGGCCAUGAAUUUGGGGAUUAUGACCCAACAGUUUAUUUGAAAUAAAGCAUAUUUGAAAAGAAACACAUGAAACGGGUUACGUAACAAUCAGUUGAUGAAAAUAUUGUGACAGAGGCUGGCAGGAACUUAGCCCUAUAUUUCCUCUGAAAGCAAUGCUCAGUAUUACUAAUUCAUCGUUCUUGGUGACUUUAUAGAACACAGCUACUGUGAAUAACAAGAAUCAGCUUAUUUCAAGGCUUCCCUCACAGUUCUGGAGGCUGGAAGUCCAAAAUCACUAUUACCAGAUCCAAAUAAGAUGCCACUGGGACCACACUCCCUCUGGAGGCUCCACGAGAGACUGUUUCUUGCCCCUUCCACCUUCUGGGGGCUCCUGUCAUUUCCUUGGUUUGUGGUUGAAUCACUGCAGCAUCUCAAGUUUCUUUCCGUUCUGUCCCCAUGUCACCUUCCCAUGUCUAUGUCUGUCUCAAAUCUCCCUCUGUCUCUCUUUCUAUUACAGCACCUUUGUAGUUGCGUUUGGGCUUCACACAGAUAAUCUCCUUGUUUAAAGACUCCUAACAAUCACAUCUGCAAAGAGCCUUCCAAAUAAAGUAACAGUAACAGGUUCUAGGGAUUAGGACAUGAUCUCUUUAGGGGCCAUUAUCCACCUACCACAAAUGCCAUUCACUGAGGCCUUAAUAAAGGAGAAAGCCUAUGUUUUAGGGAGAAGGUAACAAAUGACUUGUUAUCUUGCUUGUUAUCUUGCUGUGUGACACUCACAUAGAUAACAAAUGACUUGUUCAGGAUGACCCAGCAAAUUAGAGGAGAGGACAAGACUGGAGCUCUGCUAUUUCCAAAAUCUAACUGGGCAAUUCCACCCGUGAACAUGGCUAAAAGUCACCUCUGUUAUGGUUUAACUUGAGAAUAUCCUGCCAAAGCCUGCUGUGUUCAAAAGUGGGGCUUUUGAAGGUGGAUGGUGGUGCUAUAGCUGACUUGCUGCUAGGAGGUGGAGCCUGGUUGGAGAUGGACCCUGAGGGCAUGGCCUGGAAGGGUGUAUCCAUCCAGACCCUUGCACCAUAUUGUUUCUGCCUUGGAGCCUGAUAACUGGACUGAAAGCCUGAGCCAAAAUAAACCUCUCCUCCUUUAA